CCGGUGGCAGUGAGAGAAUAGGCCUCUUUACCUGCGUCUCUGCCUAAAGAAGGCAUGGAGUAUUUAUAGUCCAUCAGCAUGCGCCAUUAUACAGUAGAGGAGAGAGGGGUCAGUAUAUCUAGCCCUUGUUUUGCGUGCAGCUCCAUCAUAAAGCAGCAAGGACACGGCCUGGUCCUCAUCCAGCUACCACUGAAGCAUGUCGCCCAAGAAAGCAAAGAAGAAAGCGGCAGAGGGGGCCAGCUCCAAUGUGUUCACCAUCUUUGAGCAGGCCCAGAUCCAGGAGUUCAAAGAGGCUUUCACCAUCAUGGAUCAAAACAGAGACGGCUUCAUCGACAAGAACGACCUCAGAGACACUUUUGCAGCUCUGGGCCGUUUGAACGUCAAACAGGAGGAAAUCGACGAGAUGCUGAAGGAGGCAUCGGGACCGAUCAAUUUCACAGUCUUCCUCACCAUGUUUGGGGAGAAGCUAAAAGGUGCCGACCCCGAGGAGACCAUUCUCAAUGCUUUCAAAGUCUUCGACCCCGAGGCGACGGGGACACUUAAGAAAGACUUCAUGACGGAGAUGCUGACCACUCAGGCCGACAGAUUCUCAGCCGAAGAGAUGGAACAGAUGUUUAUUGCGUUCCCUCCAGAUGUAGCAGGAAACCUCGACUACAAGAACCUGGUCCACAUCAUCACACACGGUGAAGAGAAGGACCAGGAGUAGGGGCAUUCAUGCGGGAAAGGUGUCUGGAUAACUUGCGGAUCAUGUUUGUGUCCAGAUGAUUCGACCAAACUACUGCAAAAAUAAAAGGUUUGGGCCAAAAAUAAAUCCCCUC